AUGAAUAACCCAAUCAUUUUAAACGAGUAUGCGUCUCUUGUGUUGUUUGCGAACAACCCUUCGGCCCAUCACCAUGACAUUGAGGACUGCGACUCAUCCAAGCAGGCUAUCAUCCAAGCUCUUGCAGCUAAGCUUGACCUUCAAUAUUCCUAUGAUGAUCCUCUUCGGAAAGUUCGUCUUCAAAAGAAGAGUUUCGGGAAAAGCCUCGAACAAUAUUCUCAGCAGCCGGAGACGACAGUUCAACACUCCGUAGCACCAUUUACCCAUCAUAUCCCUCCAUCUUCGCCCCAUUGGAAUCCUAAAAGCGUCUCGGAGAGACGACCUGGAGACUUUCCUAACUCAUGGUCUCCUUUCCCACAUACUGAUGCAGUCAUAGAUAUGGAUACAUCAUCCGGAUAUACUAGCUCGUUGAGAGACGCAAGGAAUAAUAACCCUUUGGCAAGCCCGCAAUUUUUUGACCUUUCAGAGGAUGAGCAAGACCCAAGCCGAACAGCUUCACGGCCAGCACUCAUUUCAGUGAGACGUGGCUCCUGGCUUGGGUUGUCUCGCACGCUAAAGGAAGUUGGGGCUUGUUGGAGGUGUAAAUUUCUUCGUAAGAAGUGCGAUCCCGACCAACCGUGCAAAGCUUGCCCCAAGUCUGGAACCAAUAACUCACGAUGGCAGGCAGUAGGCUGUAAGCGUGGUACUUUGCUCGAUCAUAUGCCGCGUAUCUCUCUAUGUCCAAAGUCCAACGUGCAUGGUGUGAUCGACGCGAAUUCCACCCUUAACCCGAUGAAAGGAAAACCAGAUAUUCUGGAAGAUAUUGGUGUCGGAUCGUGUCUUCAGGACGCCUCCGAUCGUCUUGACCAUGCAUUCGUCCCUGAGAGCGACACGUACAUAAAAGUCGUGCUUGAGAUUUUAUGUUCGCCGAUGACUAUCACCACAAACACGUCCCUGUCGCUUAGGCAUGAUGUCGAAGCAAACGCGAUUCACAUUGCUUGGGGUCUAAUCGAUGUCCCUUCAGUAAAAGAAAUCCUCCUGAUCAAAUCAGUGGAACACGUUCUUGAUGUCAUCAAAGCUGCUAUUACCUUUGAAACGGAGUAUGGCCAAUCACAAGCUGUGCCGUUGGCGAUAAAAUGCUUUAGGAAUUGUGUCGAUAUAUUACGACUUCAGGAUGGCGGUCAUUUGACAUAUGAACUACACGAUGAUUGUAUACCCGGGACGUGCUGUGUCCGACCAUUCCAGGAGCUGAGCUCUAACAUACAGGCCUUUGCAGAAGAGCUGUCGAAAGUCAUAUUUAGAAAAGAGAACCGCCUUCAUGAGAAGAGAUGGUGGCUAUCGGCUUUUUAUAGUCUCUGGAUUCAAUCCUAUGUUCGCCGAACCAUCAGAUUUCUCGAAACCCAGCCAGAGCUUCAAGUUACAUCAGAGACAAAGAAAACUUACUCGGCUUAUCUCUUCAUUGCGCUGGAACUCUUCGAUGCAACGUCGGCUUCGUUCGAUCCUCUGAUGUCCACCUGGUCGCUCGAGGAGGAGCCUCCCAAUAUGGACUUAAGGCUUAUCAAAUACUAUCGGCUCGCGCAGAAAGCUCUUAGUGAGCAGUGGACAUAUCAUACCAGUGGUUCUAUCGAAUAUCUAAGGCGCCUUUACCAUGAUGGAGAUAUAACUUCGAUCGCACAGCCCACGGGGGAGACAGUCCUAUCGCCUUCGUCAUUUCUAGGGAACGAUGACUCUGAAUGCAAUGAAUCAUUUAAUGCGAAAUUCCCCACCUUUCAACCGCAUAAUCUAGCGCAACAUCAAAGUCGAUUUUCAGUAUCACUGAGGACCCGAUCUAGCGCGAAGCGGCGGGCAGGAUCCCCCUUACAAGAUACAAACUUCAUCGGGCGAAAUGGGAGUUCUUCUAGCAUGUUGGACAACCGUGACAUACGAGGUCGAGGUUUCUCGAUAGCUAGUCCAGGCUCUCCAAUGUCUUCUGCCUAUUCAUUCGCCUAUGGCACUAGUCACUCAACUAGAUGGAACGGAAGUGGUGAUAGCUUGGCAGAGAUGGCGAAAAUCUACGGAACCAGCCCGCCUGAUUAUUUGAGCCCAUCCAGGAGCCAUCGACCUUCAUUGCACCAUAAAAGCAGUAACGAGAGCUUCUUGGAAAUACCAAGAACAUUAAAUAAGCGAAGACCAAUGAACAUCCCUGCAUCUCCCAAAGACAGCCCUCAGGGUUUCUUCCUCUGCGAGUGUUGCCCAAAGAAGCCCAAGAGGUUCGACACCAUGGAAGAACUAAGUGCUCACCAAGCAGAGAAACGGUAUCAGUGCAAUUUCUGCGGUGCUCGUUUUAAAACGAAGAACGAAACAGAGAGGCAUGAGAGUAGCCUCCACGUUCGACGACAUGCUUGGUCCUGUUCAAAUAUGUUGAGCAUUGGCUAUAUGAAUGCCUUCCAGGAGAGUGCCAACCUGCCAGGAAUAUCUGAUACGUGCGGUUAUUGCGGAGAAGAGUUUCCUCGGAACGGGGAAGGUGUGCCAAUGUAUGCUAACGAGCAAGACUGGGAAGAGCGCUUCGCUCACGUGAAAGAGGUUCACAGAUUUGGGGAAUGCAACUCAGCAAAGCAGUUUUAUCGAGCGGAUCACUUCCGCCAGCAUCUCAAACACUCGCAUGCUGCUACUCUGGGUCGGUGGACGGGUGUAGUCGAGAGUAGAUGCAUGAUUGAGAUCUCCGAGCCGUGAGGUUGGAAGAACGGCUUCCGAUUGGCUCU